CCCUGACACUCUUCACCCUGGGAGUGGCAGAAGUGGCAUGUGAGGUCCUGCCCCUGUCCAGGCUCGUGACCUCUGAGCUGUGCCCACGUGGGGCAGCUUCUGGAUGCCACUUCCUUCACUCACCACCUUCCUCACAGACAGCUGCCCUUCACCCCCUCCAGAACAGCUCACCCCCCUCUGCACCCCGUUUCCAUCUCUGUUAGACCAGGCUUUGCUUCCUCUUUGCACCAACGUCCAGCUGCUGGUGGUGCUUCAACCCGGCCAGUAUUAAUGGGAAUAUUCUGGUGCAUGGACAUUCCCUCCUUUGGAGGCUGGAGCAAAGCUCCACGUGCCGUGGGACACAUAAACAACUACCAGCCCAUUAACUUCUCAGACACCCAGUGGCAUUUUGCCCUUAGUUUUCCAUCCCACCUUAUUAGUGAUAAGAAAUGUUUGUGCAGCUCCGAGGAAACGCUGCCUCUCUCCAAAUAAACAUGGAGAGAGAACAGAAAAGCAAUUCACUUUGGAUAAACAAACAGCAAGAUGAUCAGUGCACGACAACACCACACAGCUGGAUUAAAAAAUCCAUUAAAAAACCCUCCUCUGGUGCCAAACAGCACCAAAUUGCUGGAGGCACAUUGCUACAUGUAAAGGUCUGCAUGGUAGUUAGUAGAAAAUGCAGCUUUAAAUACGAGGUGUAUGACAGCAGGCUGUUAUUCUGCCCCAAAUAAUAUGCAGCAUGGCAAACACCUCCAGGUUUCACUGUUGGACAAAGCAAAGAGCCCCAAAAUCCAACCAUUCCUUUGGGAGCGAAGGCCCCCAGUGCCCCCUGGAAGCUCCAGAGUUCACACCUGCACUCCCAGUUCAGUGGCAGAGCUGGAGCUUUAGAAGAAGGAGAGCUAUGAAAGGCUCAGCCAAAGGACCAAACACUGAAUGGAUUCAAGAAAAGCAUCAAACAAACCACCAAUGCCUCGCUGCUGGGAUUACCUGCUCUGGUGACACUUCUGCUCAAUGGGAGGAUGCUCUUGUCCCUCUCAUUUCCUGAAAUCCCAGAAGCUCCUGGCAAGCUCCCGGCACGUUCACAAAACUGCUGCCCACGUGGUGGCCAGGAGCGCUCCGGAGGACACCGUGACCAGCAGCUUCGCCUCCUUCAUCCACGGCGCCCGACCCGACCACUUGUCCAAGACCGUCCGGCACCGGAGCAAGAGGAUGAUCCUCGACAGCAUCGGGGUCGGGCUCGUGGGCAGCACCACCCACGUGUUCGACAUCGCCCUGCGGUACUGCCGGGAGCUGUACUCUCCAGUUGCCGUGAGCUCUGUCUAUGGCAAGCCAGGUGUGAAGCUGUCCCCGACACUGGCCGCCUUCACCAACGGAGUCGCGACACACUCCAUGGAUUUUGAUGACACCUGGCACCCUGCUACCCACCCCUCAGGGGCUGUUCUGCCAGCCCUGCUGGCAGCUUCCCAGAUGCUGCCUCCCGGCACCAAACCCACCGGCAUGGAUUUCCUGCUGGCAUUUAACGUGGGCCUGGAAGUGCAAGGAAGGCUCAUGCAUUUCUCCACUGAGGCUCACGACAUUCCAAAAAGGUUCCACCCUCCCUCGGUGGUGGGGACCAUGGGCAGCGCGGCGGCCACGGCCAAGCUGCUGUCCCUCAGCAGGGCCCAGUGCUGCCACGCCCUGGGCAUCGCCGCGUCCCUGGCGGGGGCCCCCAUGGCCAACGCCGCCACCCAGGCCAAGCCACUGCACAUCGGCAACGCCACCCGCCUGGGCUUCGAGGCAGCUCUGCUGGCAGCCCGGGGCAUGGAGGCCAACCCCUUCAUCCUGGACGACAUCCCCGGCUGCUCCGGGUUCAGCGCCUUCUACGGGGUCUAUCACCCCAAGCCGCUGCCCGCGCCCGGUGACCACCACGAGUUCCUCCUGGAGAAGCAGGAUAUCGCCUUCAAGCGGUUCCCAGCCCACCUGGGGAUGCACUGGGUGGUGGAUGCUGCCCUGUCUGUGAGGAACCUCUUUGUCCACUACGCGGGGUCCUUCUCUCCCGCCCUGAUCCGCACCAUCGUGCUGAAGAUCCCGGUGUCCAAGUACAUCAACCGGCCCUUCCCCAGCUCCGAGCACCAGGCCAGGCACUCCUUCCAGUUCAACGCCUGUGCUGCCCUGUUGGACGGCGAGGUCGGGCUCGGCUCCUUCACCGAGAGCAGCAUCCACCGGCAGGAGCUGAGGGAGCUGCUGGACAAAGUGGUGGUGGAGCACCCCGAGGAUAACGUGGCCAACUUCGACAAGAUGUACGGGGAGGUGGCACUGCUCCUGCACAGCGGGGACGUCCUCACGGGCAAGUGUGACACUUUCUACGGGCACUGGAGGAAGCCCCUGAGCAAGGAGUCGCUCCUGAAGAAGUUUCGAUCCAACGCCUCCCACGUGCUCCCAGAUGAGAAAAUAGAAGCCAUCAUCACUACGGUGGACAACCUGGAGAACCUGUCAGACAGCUCCCAGCUGGCCUGCAGCCUGUGAGGGAACAGCACAGGGGGGUUUCAGGAGGGGUUUG